AUGCCCGAGAUACUCACCAUGCCCAUCCGGCGCGAGCUCUUCGCCCGCAGCAUCAGCGACGACACUUUUGGCAAACUCAAGGCGUCACUCGACAUGGUCAAACGUGAGCGCACGUGGAAGUCGAAGUACCGCCACAAGAGCAAGUUUGCCCACAAGGGAAGCGUCGCCCACUGGCCCAUCUGGGCCAAGGUUCUGAUCGCGCUAGCCAUUGUCCUCAUCAUUCUCUUCGUUGGAGGAUUCGUCUUUCACGGAAAGAAGGAAUACGACCGCUCCAGGCAGACAGGCCGCUCCAUUCGAUGGGGAAAGAUUUUCCUGGGCGCCACCAAAAUUGCCCUCUUCCUCUGGAUCCCCAUCGGGGCGUAUCGCUUUGUCCAGGCACGCCGCAACAAGGGCAAGUAUGCGGAUAUUACAAGGGAAUCGCAGCAGCCCCCCAACAACGGGGGCACCACCAAGCCAUGGUCCAUGGCACAGGCGCCCAGCGAUGCGGACAGCAAGUACGAGCCCAUGGGAUACAAGUCGACCGUAUACGACCCCUACUCUGCGUACGCUAGUGUGGAGCAACCGACGACGGGCAGGGUAACUGUGACGGGAGCUUCGAGUCGGGCGACCGGUCCUGCUGCGCCCGCGCUUGGUAUUCACCAGCCGCCACCCGUUCACGAGUCUGGCGAUCUUGGGACGAGGACGCCUUCGCCGAGCCAAAUGUCGUUUCCUCCAUCCCCACAGCCUCAGUACCGCUAG